UCAGUUCCGGCGCUGGGGGGGCUUGUGGAAGAUGGCGGCAGUGCGCGGAGCCGCGGCCUGAGGCCAUCCAGACGGCGGCACUGAAGCGGCACUAGGGCGGGAUCAGAGUGAGCCAGGCCGCCCGUGGUCUGUUACAAGAAUUUUAUCACCAUGGCUUUGGAAAUAACCUCACCACCUCGGUUUUUUCACAUGCCGAGGUUCCAGCACCAGGGGCCAAGGCACACCUUUUACAAGCGGCCAGAUUUUGCUCAACAGCAAGCUAUGCAGCAACUGACCUUUGAUGGCAAACGCAUGAGAAAGGCUGUGAACAGGAAGACGAUCGAUUAUAAUCCAUCUGUUAUUAAGUUCUUAGAGAAUCGAGUUUGGCAGAGAGAUCACAGAGACCUUCGAGCAAUCCAGCCAGAUUCAGCUUAUUAUAAUGAUUUGGUGCCACCUAUGGGAAUGCUGCAAAAUCCUAUGAAUGCUGUAACAACAAAAUUUGUAAGAACGUCAACCAAUAAAGUGAAGUGUCCUGUGUUUGUUGUCAGGUGGACUCCGGAAGGAAGACGGUUAGUCACCGGGGCUUCAAGUGGCGAGUUCACUCUCUGGAAUGGGCUUACGUUUAACUUUGAAACUAUUUUACAGGCUCAUGACAGUCCAGUUAGAGCCAUGACUUGGUCUCAUAAUGACAUGUGGAUGCUGACAGCUGACCAUGGUGGAUAUGUGAAGUAUUGGCAGUCCAACAUGAACAAUGUGAAGAUGUUCCAAGCUCACAAGGAGGCGAUUAGAGAGGCCAGUUUCUCACCUACGGAUAAUAAAUUUGCCACAUGUUCUGACGACGGCACAGUUCGAAUCUGGGACUUUCUUCGAUGCCACGAGGAGCGCAUUCUUCGAGGACAUGGUGCUGAUGUGAAAUGUGUAGACUGGCAUCCUACCAAGGGAUUGGUUGUGUCAGGAAGUAAAGACAGCCAACAGCCAAUCAAAUUCUGGGAUCCUAAGACGGGUCAGAGUCUUGCAACACUUCAUGCCCACAAAAACACAGUGAUGGAAGUUAAAUGGAAUCAGAAUGGGAACUGGCUUCUCACAGCAUCGCGUGAUCACCUCUGCAAAAUGUUCGACAUCCGUAAUUUGAAGGAAGAGCUGCAAGUCUUCAGAGGCCACAAAAAAGAGGCUACAGCUGUGGCUUGGCAUCCAGUGCAUGAAGGGCUGUUUGCUAGUGGGGGAUCUGAUGGCUCUUUGCUGUUCUGGCACGUGGGUGUGGAGAAGGAGGUUGGAGGAAUGGAAAUGGCUCAUGAAGGAAUGAUCUGGAGCCUGGCCUGGCACCCCCUUGGGCACAUACUUUGUUCAGGAUCCAAUGACCACACCAGCAAAUUCUGGACAAGAAACAGACCUGGCGAUAAAAUGAGGGAUCGCUACAAUCUCAACCUGCUUCCAGGGAUGUCGGAUGAAGCAGUUGGAGAGUAUGAUGACAUUGAACCGAACAGUCUAUCGAGUAUUCCUGGGAUGGGCAUUCCAGAGCAACUAAAACAGGCCUUGGAGCUUGAACAGGCCAACAGAGAAGAGGUGAAUGAGGUGGAGAUGGCGAUCCCAGGAUUGGACUGGGGCAUGGAUGAGAUGAUGUUAAAGGAUCAGAAGAAAGUCAUACAGAAGAAAGUUCCCUACGCAAAGCCAAUUCCUGUGCAGUUUCAACAGGCAUGGUCCCAAAAUAAGGUUCUCACAGUUCCUGUUGAGGAGCCAAAGAUUGAGAGGACAGAAGAGAAGAAACUGGAUGAAAAGAAGAAAUCGCAAGCAGAAAUCGAGCAGGAGAUGGCCGCUCUACAGUACACCAACCCCCUGCUAUUAGAGCAACUCAAGAUCGAGAGGAUGGCACAGAAACAGGCAGAGCAAGUGCAACAGCAGCAGCAGCAACAGCAGCAGCAGCAACAACAGCAACAACAACAGCAGCAGCAACAGCAACAGCAGCAGCAAGGAACUUCUUUAACACCACAGUCUUUCCCAGGGCAAGGGUUUAUCUCGCAACCUCCACAAGGAUUUCAACAGGCACAUGCACCUCAGCAAAUGCAGAUGAAUAUGCCACAUGGACAUUCAGGACCCCAAGGCAACUUCAGACCACCAGCACCUCCAGGACAAAUGGGCCUUCAAGUCCCCCCACUCUUGCAGGGUCCUGUAGUGUCGCAAGGAUUAAUGGGUCCCCAAGCACAUACAGGGCCACAAGGAAUUCAUGGUCCAGGAGGUCCUCCAGGACCUCAAGGACAUCCAGGACCACAUGCAGCACAGGGUUUUCCAGGCCCCCAAAAUCAUCCUGGACCUCAAGGACAGCAAGGACCGCAUGUUCAACAAGGUUUAGGACCCCAAGGUCAUUCGGGCUCACAAGGACAUCCAGGACCCCAGGGAAUGCAGGGGCCAUCGGGCCCAAGAGGGAUGCAAGGUCCUCCAAUGCAGGGACCUCCCCAGGGAAUGCAAGGCCCACCGCAGGGAAUGCAAGGACAUCCCCAGGGCAUGCAAGGACCAUCAGGACCUCAAGGGCCUCAGGGUGCACCGGGAGGGCCACCACAUCCUCAGCAGGGUAGUUCAAAUGCACAAGGGCCUCCACAUCCAGCCCCUUCCUUUCAACAACCAGCCAAGCCAUCACUGUUGGGUGAUGGACCUAGAAUGCCAUUCAAUCAGGCUCCAAACCAAGUGCCACCGUUGAUGAUGGUACCGCAAGGACCAGUUCGACUACCUGCUUCCAAUCAGGGACCUCCAGGUCCUGGGCCGAGCAAAGGUGAAUCUCAUGGUCCUCCAAACCAUCACAUGGGCCAUCCACAGGAAAUGAGGCGCGAUCAGAGCGCAGAGCGUGAUCCUGAACGGGGACCUCCUUACAGGGGUUCCCAUGACUGGGGUGAUCCUCGAGAAAACAGGGGGUCCGCCGAGAGACGUGGCCCACCCCAAGACUAUCACGAUCGUUUUGAAGGACCGGAUCAGUAUCAUGAUGAUUACCGGAAGGAUGAGCGAUACAGCCACAGGUCGAGGGAGUUUGAGAACCGUAUGGGUCCACUACCUCUUGAUGAGGGUUGGAGACGGGGGCCUGGUCCGCAGCGGGAUUUUCCUCCUGAUCAGGAGUACAGGGACUUUGGGGAUCCUGAGCACAGGGGCCCAAGCCGGGGUCCACCCCAAGGUUGGGAUGGAAGGAAACCAUUAGAUGAACGAUUCAUGAGGGAGCCAGAAGAUAUGCGCUUUCGUGGGCGGAGGGAUGACAGGUUCCGGCCUGUUCGAGGGGGAUCGCGACAUGAUGGUCGUGGCCCACGAGGGAGAGAUGCUUUCGUGAAUAUGGACGAGUUCAUGGGUGAUGAGGAGUUUGACCAAUCAGAAGAGAAUGCAAGGGGCCGUGACCCAGGAGGGAGAGGACGGGGCCGUGGAGCAAUGCGAGGCGGGCGAGGAGGCCUCCUUCCUCUACCUGGCCACGACGAAUUCCCUCGCUUUGAAGGUGGCCGUAAAUCAGAGAAAAGGCCAUUGUCUCCAGGAGGUCACCGUGAUGGCUGGGGAGGGCGAGGAGAUCGAGGUGAAAUCCAUGAUGCCAGCAGAGAACAAGGCGUGGCUGGCCGCAGUCACUAUGCAGAUGAUUCUCGCCAGAACCACGUGCCUCAUGAUGGCCGGUCUCCAGGCAGCAGGGAGAGACCUACAUCACUCCAUAGCAUGGACACUGCGUCACUUCCGCCCCGCAAGCGACCAUGGUAUGAAGGGCCAGGAACACCUGAUCAAAGGGAUUCGGAUGCACCUGGUCCCCCGGCUGAGGAUAGAGGCCCAAGCCGGAGUGGGCCAGCCUCAUCACCGCGCAUGCCCAAGUCUGGCCGUUCCAAUUCGCACGAGGGAGAUCGACAUGAUGGUUUCCACCGAGAUGAUGGAUUCACUGGCCCCACAGGACCCCCUCCCCGGGGUGGAGCCAGAGGCGGGCCCAACUGGGGAAGGAGUGGCAAGGGCUCGGGUCCGGUGCCACGCCGAGGCUCCUCCAGAGGCAGCAGAGGAAGAUGAGUGGAGUAGCGGCUGAGAGAAUAGAUUAUACUCAAAAUGCCCAGUGACAUUUACAGUCUUUCAGCUGGAACUUCUGCGUGAGGCCUGUGUGCGGGUCUGGCCUUGGGAGAAGCAGUGAUCGUUCCUUUUUCAGUUUUGUACAGUUGGCAGCAGUGUUUGUUGUUGAACUCCAGCAGUUUUAGCGUUGUGGGCUCUGGAGCAUUGCCACACACAGUGAUAUGUGUCAGAACAGAACAGUUCUGACUCCAUGUACAGUUUGUCUCGAGUGUCAUUUUGUAUGACUACACAAUAUAAUUUGUGCAAAAUUUAACAAAAA